CGGGAUGAUGAUGCCAGGAAAGGAGGCUAAACUCCGAGCGCACGUCUCCCCCGCUGCGCACACACGCGCAGCAAAAGUGAAGUGAAGAUGCUUCUUCCAUUUCGAUCAACAGUGCAGCUCAUGAGCCAUCCACUUCCUCCUCUGCCGAUUCUUCUUCUGCCAGAGCGCCAAACUGUCCCCUUCUCUGGUUUACAAGAGGAAGUUGCGCAGCCGGGGCUCGUCCAGCUCGGAGGAGGCGAGAGGAGGCACCAGAGAUCCGGAGCACCGUCACUUCUAUAGCGGACCGGUGGAGAGCUACGCCUCGGUAUGGGUGCGCUGGCAAAAGGACGUUACCUCUUCACGCCGGUCCUCCUGCUCCUUGUUUAUUACACAGUAUCCGUGAUAUCCAAAGGUGCCACUGCUGAUGCUCAGCCUGACGCUCUGCCCUCGGUGCAGGGCACUCUGCCGCACUUCAUCCAGGAGCCGGAGGAUGCCUACAUUGUCAAAAGCAAUCCCAUCAAGCUGCGUUGUCGGGCCGCACCUGCCUUGCAGAUCUUCUUCAAAUGUAACGGGGAAUGGGUGCACCAGAAUGAGCACUUCUCCCACGAAUAUAAAGACCUCAACACUGGGCUCAAGGUGCGUGAGGUGAUGAUCAACGUUUCCCGCCAGCAGGUGGAGGAUUUCCAUGGACCUGAGGACUACUGGUGCCUCUGUGUGGCCUGGAGCCACCUGGGCACCUCCAAGAGUCGGAAGGCCACUGUCCGCAUCGCCUACCUGAGGAAAAACUUUGAGCAAGACCCCCAGGGGAAGGAGGUGCCCAUCAACGGGAUGAUCGUUCUGCACUGCCGCCCUCCAGAGGGAGUGCCCGUGGCGGAGGUGGAAUGGCUGAAAAACGAAGAGCUGGUGAGCUCCCUGACCGACGACAACAUCGACACCCGAGCCGACCACAACCUCAUCAUCAACGAGGCGCGUCUGUCCGACUCGGGCAACUACACCUGCCUGGCCAGCAACAUCGUGGCUAAGAGACGCAGCGCCACAGCCACGGUGACAGUCUUCGUGAACGGCGGCUGGUCCCUGUGGACGGAGUGGUCGGCCUGUAACGUGCCAUGUGGGCGGGGUGUCCAGAAGCGAUCUCGAACCUGCACUAACCCGGCGCCCCUGAACGGCGGGGCGUUCUGCGAGGGCAUGUCUGUACAGAAGAUCACCUGCAACGCGCUCUGUCCAAUUGAUGGAGGCUGGGACGAGUGGAGUGAAUGGACAGUGUGCAGCAGCCAGUGCGAGAGGCAGCGGAGUCGGGAAUGCAACUCCCCAGCGCCCCGACACCGAGGAAAGAUGUGUGAAGGGAACAGCGAGGCCACUGAGAACUGCACAGAUGGAAUGUGUACCCAGAAUCGAAAGCUGCUACAUGACGUUAAACCUCAAAGUAUGGACGGCUCCAAUGAUGUGGCCUUGUACUCAGGCCUUGGAGCCGGCAUCAUCGCCGUGGCAAUCCUUGUGGUGGCUGUCAUGCUGUACAGGAAGAACCACAGCGAUUACGGAGUGGACGUCAUCGACUCCUCUGCGCUCACUGGGGGCUUCCAGUCUUUCAACUUCAAGACCACCAGACAAGGCAACCCGCUGCUUCUCAACUCCUCAAUGCAGCCCGACUUAACAGUGGGAAGGACGUACAGCACUCCCCUCUGCUUUCAGGACAGCACAGACAAAGAGCUCUUUGACCCCUUGCCAGACAUCAAGGUCAAAGUUCAGAGCUCCUUUAUGGUUUCACUAGGUGUGGCUGAGCAGGCAGAGAUCCACGUCAAGGCCCCGUCCGAGACCUUCCCGCGUGAUCUGAGCCGCGACUACUGCAGCACCGUGGACAGACGCAAGAAGGGCCUGCUCACACUCAACGGGCCCUUCAGCACCGGCAUAGAGCAGCUGAAGACCACCGGCAUAUUCGGCCACCCCGGGGGGCGGCUGGUGGUGCCCAACACAGGGGUCAGCCUGCUGGUGCCUCAUGGAGCCGUGGCUGAAAAUAUGUCCUGGGAGAUGCACAUGGUGAUCAAUCAGGGAGAGGCAAGUGUCCAAACACUGGAAGGCUGUGAGAUCCUCCUGGGCCCAGAGGUGACGUAUGGUCCUCCAGGGCUGGACCUCUUAUGCCCAGUGGCCAUGACCAUCGCCCAUUGUGCCGAGGUGGAUGCCGAGAACUGGAACAUCCAGCUCAAGAGGAAAACCCAGGACAGCAAAUGGGAGGAAGUGAUGGCAGUGGAGGAGGAGUCCACUUCCUGUUACUGCCUGAUGGACUCGACGAGCUGCCACCUGCUGCUGGACCAGCCAGGCUCAUACGCCCUGGUGGGCGAGCCCUUGACGCAGGCUGCCGUCAAGAGGCUGAAGCUGGCAGUGUUUGGGAGCAUGGAGGCCUGCUCCGUGAACUACAGCCUGCGGGUGUACUGUGUGGACGACACGCCGCACGCCUUUCAGGGAGUGGUGGCUGCAGAGAAGAGCAGAGGGGGUCAGCUCCUCGAGGAGCCAAAGAUGUUGCCUUUCCGAGCGAACACCUUCAGCCUCCAGGUGUCAAUCCAGGAUGUUCCUCAGUUCCUGUGGAGCAUCAAACCCUUUACUACAUGUCAGGAAUUCUCCUUCCCCCAAGUGUGGUGCAGCAACCAGCAGCCCCUGCACUGUGCCUUCUCUCUGGAGAGAUACAGCCCUGCCACCGCCCAGCUCUCCUGCAAAAUCAGCGUGCGCCAGGUCAAAGGCCACGAGCAGAUUCUGCAGGUCUACACGGCCGUGGCCGAGACUGAAAAGGAGUCGGUUCCAUUUUUUAUGCAGACAGACUGCACCAUCACGUCCCAGACGGGGCCCAAGGCCUUCAAAAUCCCCCUGUCCAUCCGCCAGAGGAUCUGUGCCACCUUCGACACUGCCAACGCCAAGGGCAAGGACUGGCAACUCUUAGCCCAGAAACUCCACUUAGAUCGAAACCUGGGCUACUUUGCCAAGCAGCGGAGUCCCUCCGCGGUCAUAUUGAGCCUGUGGGAGGCUCGCCACCAGGACACUGCUGACCUUGAUUCUCUAGCCAGCGCCCUGGAGGAGAUUGGCAAGAUCCACUCCAGAAGCUCCCCCAAGGACCAGGAUGAGCCGGAGUCUGACUUCAAUCACAUACAAGCAGGCAGUCUGUGCGGAACGGGCAAACUAAACAGUCAGAAGACUGAAGAGGACACUGCUCCUGAAUAUACAGGCUGAGAGAGGACACACAGCAAGUACAAAACCGACAGACUGAGCCAUAGAUCUGUGUACGCACACAGCCAGUGAUGGACAACACACUGCGGCGGUGCUCUAGAAGGUCAUGAGGUUGUCUGUGAGUAGACGGUGCCAGCGGUCAACAUGCCCGACCAAUCACAACAGGCCGAGGCGAGCCGGUGCCUGCUGUGGAUCUGUCCCUCUCUUUAAAGAUUCUCUCUGAGAACGAACUGUAAAUCUUUUUCUGCAUUCUCAUUCAGUCCCCAAGUCCACAUAUACCUUUUCCUUUUCUUGUUUUUUUUUUUCUUUGAAGUUGAUAUGCUGUAUAUUCAUUCUCCUUUCUGUCCGUGUACUUUCUGAAUCCGUGUCAGAGGAGAAAGGGAGUUCCUUUUCUGCUUCUCUUUCCCCUCUUUUUCCUCACCGGUCCACUCGGAGCUCAGUCUAUUUCCAUAGAGGUUCUCAUAUGCAAAAUAAGGUGAUCCAGUCGGUGGCAGAAGUUGCCUUCAGGGUUUUCUGUCAGGAAGGCUUUAGGGCGUCAGGUGAGAGAGUGUGUAAAGAACCGCAUAAUGAGGAGGUUGGGGUGGAUGAAUGGGUCAAAUUCAGGACUUUCACCCAGGAGACUGGGGUUUGUGUAAAUCCCAAAGUCAAUGUUGAUUUUUUUUAUUUUAAGUCACAGCAUGGUUGGGUUUAAAAAAAGAUGUUUUGGAUUAAAAGAGAUCCUUUCACAACAUUAACCACGGGUUAGAAAGCCCUGAAGCCAAACUUCUCCCACGUACAACUGUGGACUAAUUUAGUCACCUGCAUUCAAUCUAACACCCAUUUCAAUGAAUGAAUGAGGACUUAAAAGCUACUUCUUUAAUGUCCAACAUUGUCAUUUCAGGGGGAAGCUUCAGAUUACUUUUUCAUCUUUUAAAAUCAAAUCCAAAAUUCCUUUAGUACAGUUGGCACUUCUGGUGGCGUGUGAUGAUCAUUAAUACAAAAAAUAGCAGCCCCAGUGGAACUAUGAAGGUCAGCACUGUGCUCACGUUGUCUGGAGAAAAAAAAAAAAAAAAGAAAAGAAAAAAAGUUGUGGUUGUGGCGUAAUGUGGCAGGGAGAGAUUCCUAACCGUGGCAUUACAGCUCAUUAGAGUUUCCUCCAGCAGCAGAUAGCGAGAGAGGAAGCUGUAAAACAUCAUUUCCUGGCACCGCGGGGAGCGUGUCGUUGCUUCUUAUCACCCAGCUUCUACCAUUAACACCCGUCACAUAGACCUCAUAUCAGGCUCUGACACACCUGACUGCCCCCCCACCACCACCACCACCAUCAUCAAAACACCCUGGCACACUCACACAUUGACUUUUCAUGCCUGCCCACGUCAAGUGCACUAAGGACAAUAAAACACACUAUCACUUAAAAUCACACACGCACACAAAAACACUAACCCCCUGCGUAUGUGAAGUAGUGACGAAUGAAAACGUGCUGAUAUAAAGUCCUGUGUCAACUAAAUGAAGCACUUUUUAAGUGUCUGAUUUUGUUUGUAUGCCCGACUAAAGCAGUCAGAGCCUUAGAAAGUGUGUGGACGAUAUUCAUCAAUGAAAAUUUAACGUAUCAGUAAAUAAAUAUUUCAACAUUGCACACACACAAAUAAUUAGUCUUUCUGCAUUUAAAUGUUUUGAAUGGGUCAAAACAGCCAUGUAUAUUGGUGCUUGAACGCACCUCAGCCAUGACCAUAGUGGAUAUCGAGUUUCCUAACCACUAGUCUACGACACCUCUUUAGCAUGCUAGAUGGAUGAAUAAGGCCAAACUAGCCAAAAGCAUAUCUUCUCAUAUGCUCCUAAUGGUAUUUGGCCAUGAAAUAGUUAAUAGGUUAUUAUUCCUAAGUUUGAGCUAUCCGCCACAGAGACACAACCUCACACAAACCGAAGCGAAUGAAACAUCCUCUGCGGUGCUCAUGGAAAUGAAAAACUACGCUGAGAGCCUCGCUAAUUUACACUCAGACGGAGGAGGGCUAGCUAGGUGAGAGGAGGAGCUGAGCUGUAGAAGAAGGUUAGAAGUGUUCGCCGACUACAGGGAGGGAUGAGAUGGACGCGUCUGAAUUUUGCACAAACCGCAAUCACGACUCACUCAUCUGCAGCUUCAUUUGAAGUGCUAGGUGGUGUUCUGUCCAUUCCUCUACGAUUCAGUCGCAUCGCACUGAAUCAGCUUGAGGUGGGAAGACUGUUUCUGUGGACUGACAGAUUUGAGUCUGCCUGAAAUCGUCGUGGCUGCCUGGAAUAAAAACACACAGUGAAUGUGUCAGCUUUAUGCUAACCCAGAAGAGUGUGAGCAAGACAGAAGGGUGAUCUGUUGGAUUUAAAUGUUGGUUUUUGGGGGGGGGGGGGGAGUAAAACUAUUUGAGAUGAAAUAUGUUUGAGGAACAGGUACGAGGAUUCAUACAGGGAAGUUAAAUUCCGAUAUAAAUCAAAUGUUGAACCUGUCAAUCAUCAUCAGGACAAAGAUACAGAACAUCCCGACAUCCACUAAAGACGGGCAGGCAACACAUUUCAAGUUGUCCUUCAUUUUGAUCUCAGCUAUAUGAAAUUUAGUGCUUCAUAAAAAAACAACAAAAAAACUGAAUAAUAAUAAAGAAAAAAUAACAUAUUUUUAUAGGUAUGCUGGAAUAACAAAACAUAAUGAAACUUCUGAAUACUUUCCAUUAUCAUGACAGUUCAUCUCUUCACCGGAUAUCAAAUCCUAAUAAAGCAAACAGACAUCCUGUUACUGGAGGACAGCAGAACGUCUGAACGUCCCGCAAACAAAACAUAAUGAACCCUCAAGAUACGUAAUGCACACAGUGUAUAAGAUGGCUGCUGUCUCUAUGAUGGGGAAUCAGACUAUAAUGGUGACUUUGAAUACAUCACUGACUAUCUCUGACCUGAUACUGUAUAUGUCAUUGAACUCAUCCUGCCAUGAUAAGAGCUGUUUUUGUUUUCCUGCAGCUUCUCUAUGCAUUUCUAAUCAAACUCUAUUCAUCUUUUCUGUGUUUUAAGCUGGUAAGUGAAGAAUGUGAAAGGUAAUCUUUUAUGUUUUCCCAAUAUGAUUGUUUUCUUAAUUGUGACUAACUGGAUUUUUCUUUCCAUUCCUGCAAGCAAAGAGUGUCAGAAAAUGGAAAUGUGCGCUUUUGUGACGCUUAGCGGUGGCUUAUGUUGCAUCAGGAGCAUCCUGUCUGUGCAGUACACCCCAUCACCCACACCCACAACAUUCACCUCCACUCUGGAUGUGUUUCAGCUGUGUCUAUUGUAAUCCCAUUAGCGUUCCUUUAAAAGAGAGCUCAGACACACACACACACACACACACACACACUCAUGCACUAACAUAUUCUCACUAUGUAUAAUGCUUUGGUGUAAGACUAACCCUGUUCACUGUUGCGUCCAUGAUUUCCUGUCACCUGAGUUGCUCAGUCUCAUCCUCCUUCUUUGCUUUACGCAUGGCCUUCGGCUUCAUAUCACUAUUCUCGUGCCUUGUUUAACUACUGUAAAUGGUGAAUGUUGUAAAGUACAGAUGGGGAUGAAAAAAAAACAGAACAAUUAAUCAUACUGACAUACAUUUAAAGGUAUUAGUUGAAAAAGUAUUUAAGAUUAUAAUAUUGAAUAGGCUGCAGAGCUUUUCUAGUGCUGAACAUCUAUGUUUGGUAACGCCAGGGCAGCUUUGUGGUAUAUUGUAUCUAUAAUUAUGGACAUUUUGGAUGUUUUCUGUACAGUAGAAUUUGCAAAUGUAUAUGCAGCCUUUUGGAAAUAAAUGUACAGUUGAAAGCUCAACUCUCCCUGAGCUAUUUAUUCUGCGUCAUGCGGUGAACAUGUCCAUUAAAUCUUUUACCACAAUAGGA